AGUAUGGCCGGCGACAUUAGCUAGCGCUCGCUCAACUCUCUCUAACGGGAAAGCAGCGGACUACAAGAGACUGAACUGUAUCUGCCUCUAUUUCCAACAGACUCACGUUCAACUUUCGCUCACAAAAAUAGCCGGGAAAAUUUUAUUAGUCCUUUUUUUAAAAAAAGUUAAUAUAAAAUUAUAGCAAAAAAAAAAAAGGAACCUGAACUUUAGUAACACAGCUGGAACAAUCCGCAGCGGCGGCGGGAGCGGCGGGAGAAGAGAUUUAAUUUAGUUGAUUUUCUGUGGUUGUUGGUUGUUCGCUAGUCUCACGGUGAUGGAAGCUGCACAUUUUUUCGAAGGGACCGAGAAACUGCUGGAGGUCUGGUUCUCCAGGCAGCAGUCCGAUGCCAGCCAGGGAUCUGGGGAUCUUCGCACCAUCCCAAGAUCUGAGUGGGAUGUCCUUUUGAAGGAUGUGCAAUGCUCAAUCAUAAGUGUGACAAAGACUGACAAGCAGGAAGCUUAUGUACUCAGUGAGAGUAGCAUGUUUGUCUCCAAGAGACGUUUCAUUUUGAAGACAUGUGGUACCACCCUCUUACUGAAAGCACUGGUUCCCCUGUUGAAGCUUGCUAGGGAUUACAGUGGGUUUGACUCAAUUCAAAGCUUCUUUUAUUCUCGUAAGAAUUUCAUGAAGCCUUCUCACCAAGGGUACCCACACCGGAAUUUCCAGGAAGAAAUCGAGUUUCUUAAUGCAAUUUUCCCAAAUGGAGCAGCAUAUUGUAUGGGACGUAUGAAUUCUGACUGUUGGUACUUGUAUACCUUGGAUUUCCCAGAGAGCCGAGUAAUCAGUCAGCCAGAUCAAACCCUGGAAAUUCUGAUGAGUGAGCUUGACCCAGCAGUUAUGGACCAGUUCUACAUGAAAGAUGGUGUUACUGCAAAGGAUGUCACUCGUGAGAGUGGAAUUCGUGACCUGAUACCAGGUUCUGUCAUUGAUGCCACACUGUUCAAUCCUUGUGGCUACUCGAUGAAUGGAAUGAAAUCGGAUGGAACAUAUUGGACUAUUCACAUCACUCCAGAACCAGAAUUCUCUUAUGUUAGCUUUGAAACAAACUUAAGUCAGACCUCCUAUGAUGACCUCAUCAGGAAGGUUGUGGAAGUCUUCAAGCCAGGAAAAUUUGUGACCACCUUGUUUGUUAAUCAGAGUUCUAAAUGUCGCACAGUGCUUUCUUCACCCCAGAAGAUUGAAGGUUUUAAACGUCUUGAUUGCCAGAGUGCUAUGUUCAAUGAUUACAAUUUUGUUUUUACCAGUUUUGCUAAGAAGCAGCAACAACAGCAGAGUUGAUUAAGAAAAAUGAAGAAGAAAAAACGCAAAAAGAGAAGACACACGGAAGGUGGUGGCUGCUUUCUAGAUUUUGAUACUGGGGGCUGUGUUCUCCAAGACCACCACCUUAUAGUUGCAGAAAGCCCUAGAUGUAAUGAUAGUGUAAUCAUUUUGAAGUGUAUGCAUUAUUCUAUCAAGGAGUUAGAUAUCUUGCAUGAAUGCUCUCUUCUGUGUUUAGGUGUUCUACGCCACUCUUGCUGUGGAAUUGAAGUGCAUGUAGAAAAGAACUUUGACUGUAUGAAUCUUUACAACACUUGUGAAAAUGAUUCAAUUUGGUUUAUGCACAGUGUAAUAUUUCUGCAGGCAUCAUCCAAAAUCCCCCACAGACAAGGCUUUCGUCCUCAUUAGAUGCUGGCCUCAACUGAACAUCUGCGACUGUUCUAUUAAAUUGCUGCCAGAGUUUUUACAGCCAGUUACCUCCACUUUCUAGAGCAUAUUCUCUACUAAUGUUAUUCAAAACCAAUUUUUACUUCAUACAGGUGUUUUAUGCAAUGGCAAUUAAAGUUUUUCUUCCACAAGUUGAGUCCUUGUAAGAAAAUGCUGAUUCCAGUGACUGUGUUCUGCUGUUUUAUCAGUUGUUCCUGCAUUUGUGAUCCUGUGAUGGAUUUCUUCUCUCACCAGAGUCUUUCCCUCUUCCCUCAAUUCACACCCACCCCCCCAUUAAAGCAAUACACUAUUACACUGGACUUAAAAUAUCCCCUCCUGGAGUGGGGGGAUUUUGAAGAUGGUCCCUGACCUUUUUUUUUUUUUUUUUUUUUUUUUAAGACAUAAUGUCUUAUUGGCAUGAACUGUGGAAGACAAAUGACAAAACUGAAUGUAUCAAAUGAAAAGAAUUUCGUCUCCGGGGGUGGGUUAGCAGGGAGAACUCAUUCAAUACUCAAUGGAAACAGUAGGCUAUGCAGUGUGCUUGAAUUAGCUCUCAUGGAGUGCCUGCCAUGCCUUCACUAACUUGUUAAGUGCUGACAGGAGGAAGUCCACUAAGUCAAGCAGAUAUUCAAUCCUAGACAUUCUGACCUCAGUACGUGCUGUCAACUUUUAACCUGUUGCCAUCAGUUUCUACUAAAAGGAAAAUUUGAUUCAAAACAGGAUCUAUGGUAUUUCUGUCUGUGACUUAUACGUUGUAUUUUUGUGUGUGGUACAUGUGAGCUGUUCUGACUUCACCUGUUCCUGUGUGGUCUUCCUUUACCAUGCUGUUCACAUGACCAAAUGAAAGGCUGUCCAGAGUGAGGACUGUCCAGAUAGUAAACAUAUAUGCACACACAGAGAGUCAGUGGGGCUGGGACUAGAUAGAAAUACAGGCUUUCGAGAGUUGGCGUGAUGGUGGCAAUUGCAGAUAUUGAGUGUAAACAGCUGGGAGAAGAGCAAAAUGGACUAAAUUUCCUGUUUAUUGCCCUUGCACUGUUUUCUUGGUGUUUCUGGACUGAUACAGUGAUGUCUUGUUCCUUCUGUAUUUAUAAUGAAUGAAACACUUUUUUAGCGUUUCUAAACAUAGAAUCUACUUGGUUUGGAAUCAAGUGGUUGGAACACUGUCUGGAUUUUUACUUUAAGCAUGCUGUUGAUUGAAGGCUUCGUUGGGGAAGCCUCCAAUCAGCUUUAUCAGUGUGGUUCUAUAGUGAGCACAGCAGCUAAUGUCUUGGACUGCUAUUUGGAGGGCCAGUGCUUAUUUAAGCUGAACUUUGUAACCCAGUAGAUUUUGUUGGUUGCGGUCUGAUUCUCCCAUCUUAUAGAAUUACCAAUUCUAAUAUUGAAGUUUGCAUAGGUUUCUGUGGAAAGAAGCCUAGAAAACAAAAUGUAGAUUGGAUAGUGAUCCUAGUUUGAUUGCAAGAGAGGAAGUUUUGGUGCCAUAAUUUCUUCAUUGGUGUUGGACUUUUAAUCAGUUGAAAUGUAUUUCUGUACCACAAUGUAAACUUCAAUAAAAGUUUGCUUAAUUUGUCUAGUAA